GGCGUCUAACGAUGGUCGAGGCAUACUCCUAUCCUCUGCUCGUCGGAUUCGGAGAAACCAACAUACCCAGAUUAGAAAUAAUGUUGGUGAAGUACUUUAGUAGUGAGAAAUCUGCCGGUGGUGACUGUGAGAUCGAGUAUGAAAAUGGCAGCAGCACAGCGGUAGUGCGCUUCAGGAGAGAGGAGGAUCAGAAAAAUGUUCUGGCGAAAGAGUCUCAUCAGAUCAGUUUGGAAAAGGGUGUCUUGAAGCUGACGGUUUGUUUACCCACUGAAGAGAAAUCUUCACAGGAAGUCCAAUUGGAUAAAAACAACAUGAAAUCUGUUGAAAAGAAUGAAGAGGCCACAGUUAAUUGGUUUUCUAAGUAUUUUAAAAGAGCCCUCUAUGGCAAAGAAAAGCCUUCACUAAAACUUCCUGCUGCCAUCUCAGAGCCCAUUGACAGUGCUAUCCUGAGAUACCUAGCUAAAAAUAAAUCAGCAGCACAGACCAUUUGUACUGAAAUGGAAAAACAUUUCUGCAUCGUCAAGCUCCACCAAACCACUGUGACCUUGAGUCCUGUGUCUUCUUUACUAAAGCAAAAGGAUGCCAAAGCCAUCAUCAAAGAGUGGACUGAUACUGUGAAGUCAGCGUUUGCACAAUCUGUGUCAAAGUUCAAAUCUGUGAAGUUCUGUCCAGAUUCAGAUGCAUGGAAAGAGUCUGAGAAAAAGAUCAGAGAGAUGUUACUGAAUGAAAAUGUGAUUGUAGUACCUGAUAAAGACAGAGGUGCUUUAUCAGUAGCUGGUCUUGAUAGUGAUGUCAACAGACUGGAGAAAUCUCUUUCUGAAAUUAUUAACAAGAUCCACAGGGAGAAAUCAAGUAAAACCGAAGAGAUCAAAGUGUCACCAUCGGUUUUUCAUCUCCUAUGUCAAGAUGGCCUUAUGGACAAGCUUCUACUUGUGUAUCCAGAGCUCAAAUUGUCACCAGAGAGUCCUAAUCUGAAAAUAACUGGUUUAGGGGAAGAGAUUAAUGCAGCAAUCAAUGUUAUAUUUGAUGCAGUACUUGCAUUAAAACGACAGAAUCUGGAAAUAGAUAAAAAUGUGCUUGAACUGUUGAAGGAUGAGCAACAAGAGGAGCUUACAGAUGCUCUCCUCACAUCUCAUCGAAUAAACGCAGCGUUUGAAAUCAGUGGAAACAGGGUGCAGCUCCUUGCUGUUUCUGACACAGAUCUGUCUCAUGCUCAGGACCAUCUAGGACAGCUGUUAACAACUCAGUACAUUCAUGUUGAAGACAGUAAUGUCCUGAAGAAGCCAGAGUGGCAGCAGCUGGUCAGUCACUUAGAGCAGGCUAACAGUAAGCCAUGCAGAACUCGAAUCAACACAACUGCUCAACAAGUCGUGGUGUCAGGCUACAAGGAUAGUGCCAUAAAGGUUCAGCAUCAGCUUGGUGACUUCUUAACACAGAACGCUCACAUUGAAGAAACUGUUGUGGUCAAAGCUAAUGCUGUCGUUGAAUACUUGAAACAUUUCAACACAUCUUGGAUGGAGAAAGUGAAAGACAAGGUGAGAGUGUCUUACAGAAAUGAGGCCAUCUGUCUGAGUGGAUCCAGAGUGAAUGUGACACAUUGCAAGACUGUGGUUGAAGGUGCCGUCUCUGCUGUAGUCUUUGACAGUCUGAAUGUCUUCAAGUCUGGAGUGAAGAAGCUCUUCCAGGAAAAUGAAGCGCUGUAUGUUUCCUCAAUCAAAACUAAAACUGGUUGCCUGGUCCAACUGGUCGAUAGGCCAGUUUUGCAGCCUACUGGAUCUGACCAGUACUUGUAUCAUAUACAGUCCAAAGAGGGUCUGGAAAUCCUUCUUACAAAGGGAAAUAUAGAGGCUACCAUGACAGAGGUGAUUGUAAACAGUGUGCCUCCAAACCUCAACCUGAACAGAGGUGCAGUUUCAAAAGCCAUCUUGCGUGCAGCUGGACCCAAACUUCAGCAGUCAAUAAAUGCACAGGGUGCUACUGGAAAUGUUGGUGAGAUCAUUGUUACUGAGGGCUGCCAACUAAAGAACAAAAAGGUUUUUCACACAAUUGCACCUCACUGGGAUAAUGGACAAUGCACAUCUGAAGAGUGUUUGCAAGGAAUCUUUAUGGAUUGUUUGGACAUGGCAGAGAAUAAUAAUCUAACCUCCAUAUCCUUGCCUGCAAUUGGCACUGGAGAGCUGUGUUUCCCAACAGCUGUCAUAGCCUCUUUGAUGUUGGAUAAAAUCUUAGAGUUUAGCAAAAAGAGAAAACCCAAGCACCUGAAGAAGGUUCAUAUUGUACUUUACCCCAGUGAUAGACAGUGUAUUCAGGCUUUCACUGAUGAAUUUAAGAAGUUUCCCAAUGCCUCAGCAGGAGGCCCAUUCUCUAAGCUCACUUCAACCUCAGAUAUGCAUGAGACUAAAAUGGGAAAUGUGACUAUACAGGUAGUCACAGGAGACAUAACCAGGGAGACAACAGAUAUCAUUGUCAACUCUUCCAAUGAAAGCUUUUCCCUUAAGUCAGGAGUCUCUAAAGCUAUUCUAGAUGCAGCUGGUGAGGCUGUUGAAGAGGAAUGUCACAACGUUGGUGCCAAGUCCAAUCCAGGCAUGAUAAUGACUCAGCCAGGUAACCUAAAGUGUAAGAAGAUCCUUCACGUGGUUGGAGAUUCUGACCCAGUAAAAAUCAACAAGGUUGUGAAAGAUGCACUUCAGAUGUGUGUGAAAAGCUCCUACACCUCUGUAUCAUUUCCUGCAAUUGGCACAGGUCAAGGUAAUGUAAAAGCAAGACUGGUGGCAGAUGCCAUGUUGGAUGCAGUAAUUGAUGUGUUGAGCCAAAACUCUUUCGGUCCCCUGACCACAAUCCGCAUAGUUAUUUUCCAGAAACCUAUGCUAAAAGACUUCCACAGCAGCCUGGAACAGAGAGCAGCUACUGAUCCUAAUCCCAAGGAAAAACGAAAGGGGGCCUGGAGAGGCAUUUGCAAAAUCAAAGAAAUGUUUAUGGGUGGAAAUACUGAUGCUACUUGCUUCCACAUUUGUGGUGACACUCAGGCUGAUGUAAAAUUAGCCAAGAAACUGAUCCAAAAACUUCAGACGAUCAAAAUUGAAGACAACACUGAGAUGCUAAGCAGGAAAAGAGAUGAUGGCAUUCCGGGGCAUUGGGAACUCAUGCCAGCUACCCCAUGUCAGGUUUUUGCGAUACAGGCCAAUACAUCAGAAUAUGAUGAAAUCCUGAAGCUGUUCCAGGCAUCAUGCAAUCAAACUGUUGAUGUUACAAAGAUUGAGCGUAUCCAGAAUCCUGGAUUGUGGAAGUGUCUACAGAUCAAGAAGCGUGACUUGGAGUUGAGAAAUGGUCAUCAGAAUAACGAGAGACGCCUUUUCCACGGCACCUGCAACACAAAUGUGCCAAAUAUUAAUAAGCGAGGUUUCAACAGGAGCUAUGCAGGAAAGAAUGCUACAUGCUACGGCAAUGGCACAUAUUUUGCUGUCAAUGCAAGUUACUCUGCUAGCAAUACCUACUCCAAGCCUAAUCAGAACGGGGAGAAGUUUAUAUACGUCUGCCGAGUUUUGACUGGUGACUUCACUGUUGGAAAACAAGGCAUGAUUGAACCACCAGUGAAAGGCCCCGCCUCCACUGACCUGUACGACAGUGUUGUGGACAAAACCCCCAAUCCCACCAUGUUUGUUGUCUUUCAUGAUGCCCAGGCGUAUCCUGAAUAUUUGAUUACAUUCAAGUGAAUUAGAUAAAAACCUCAAGAAACAGCUCUUAGAACAGUCUGUAGCCUGAUUUUUACCUGCACUGUUUUUGAUGCAUGUGUACAUCAGAUCAAGAAUCAUUUUUAGCUUUAUAAGAAAACGGAAAUUUGCUGCUGUUCAAAUAAACAAGGCCUCAGAAAAAAAUAAAGCACAACAAUUUAAUCUUUAGCAUACAAUACUUUAAAAUGACUUACCUACAUUUUGUCUCUAAUUUAUGACUGUUAAAGGAAAAUAUGUCAUAGUCUGGAAUUUUUAUAUGUUUGUACUUUUUUUUCUGAACAGCAUUUGUUCAAUGUUUUUAGUAAUUUCUUUGAACAUAUAUAAAUAUCUUCCAAUUAGACACAGGUAAAAAAGAUGCUCUUGUUUUCAAUGAAAGUGAUUGAGAGGAACAGCCAGCCAGAUCUGAAAAUCUGUCCAUAAUUUUGAUGAAUUUCUAGGUAUAGCCAGCUGGAGGACGGCUUACACUUAGGUCGUUUUAGAAUCUCAUUCCUGCUUUUUGCAGAUGAUGUGGUUUUGUUGGCUUCAUCAGGUGUUGGCCUCAAGCUUGCACGAUUUACAGCUGGAUGGGAGGCAACGUGAGUGAAAAUAAUCGUCUCCAAAUCUGAGGCCAUGGUGCUCAGCUGAGAAAAGGUGGAGCACACACUCUAGGUCAGGGAUAAGUUACUGCACCAAGUGGAGGAGUUUAAGUAUCUCGGGAUACUAGGGGAGAGGGAGAUCAAACUAAGGGUCAAAAUGUUUCCAGAUAUCUUUCAAUAUUUCAAUAUUCUCUUGUUUAACCUUCUUUAGUGCAUCAGAUUGGGUAAUUAUAUUACUCUUUAAU